AUGGCUGCAUGUUCUGUUUUCAAUAAUCCACCAUCAGGUUACACAACAUACUGUGGAAGUGGAACAGACAGCAGCUCGUCCUCCACUACGAAAUAUCAUCUGAGGAUCAAUAGAGCUGCAGAACGUGAUGCUAUAGACUGGUGGUGUGAUCUGAGUACAGCUACAACACGCAGCAACACAUUCAGUGUGCAGAUCAGCAGUGGUCCAGACUCUGUUACAUUCCGUCAACCAUCACCUGGGUCUGUAGCAGAAGGAGGCAGUCUGACUGUGAUGAGUGCUGCUAGCUGUACACCACCAUGUUCCUAUUCCUGGACUCAGCGGGUCUCACCAACCUCUCAGUUAACACUGACAAACAUCAACAGGAGUCAGACAGGGAAUGUGUACACGUGUACAGCGACCAACCCGUUUUUAUCAACAUCUAAAACUAAACACUUCACACUGACAGUGUACUAUGGUCCAGACAGUGUCCAGCUGAACACCACUUCUCCACUGACAGUGAAGGAAGGUGACGAUGUAGCUGUGUCAUGUGGAGCUACUAACUGUUCUCCAUCCUGUUCUUUCAUGUGGAAGUUCAAAUCUCAGAUAAAACCAAGCAGCUCUGUGUUGUCCUUAAAUAACAUACAGAGAUCAGCAGCUGGUGACUACACGUGUACGGCUAGAAACAGAAACACACAUAAAUCAUUAGACAAGAUCAUUACUCUAGAUGUGCAAUACCGAUCUUCAAUCACUUCUCUGACUUUGAACUCGAAGUCUACACUGCUUACAGUUAAUGAGCUGACUCCUAUGUCUCUGAGAUGUGAUGUUGACAGUAAUCCAGGAUCUCACAUCAAACUGUUGAACAAUUCACAGACUCUGAGUGAAGUGACAGACUCUAAACAGGCUGAGUACACGUGGAAAGAGUCUGGAUGUCUGGAUACAGAACACUACACGUGUGAAGCAGGACACAACAUCAAGUCAGUUGUCAGUGAAAGUGUGCAGCUUGUUGUCAGAUGUUCACCAAGACUAGACCACCGAAUUCCAUUCCAAAAAGAGUUUGCAGCAGCAGUAGGUGGUAAUGUAACUCUGGUGAUAUCAGUGAUUGCAAACCCAACACCCACAUUCACCUGGUACAAACUGACUGAUGGAAACAAACAUAGACUUGUGUCUGGUGGUUCAGCUACAACUGACGUAUCUGCUGUUGGAAACCUCACACUGACAAAUGUUCAGCGGGGAGAUAUUGGGACCUAUCAGGUUGUAGUGUCAAAUGGAGCUAAACACACAGAUCUUGUUGAGAACCUCACACUUGAUGUAUCAGGUCCUCCGAAUAUUCCUCCUGAACUCAAAGUGUGGAGCAGUGAUCCACACUCAAUGUUGGUUGUUUGGUUAAAGGGAUUUAACGGAGGCUCAGAGCAGAAGUUUAUUGUUUUCCCGUAUAGAAUAUACUAUACGGGCAACGCCCAAGUGAUGUUUCCCGCCAACGAUUGGGGCGAAUUGUCCGUGCGGUUGAAUAUUUUUUCCUGGUCAUGA